AUGACCGAAGAAGACCGGCGGUACAUGCGCCUCGCGCUGGCAUUAGCCGCGCGUGGAUUGGGGAAUGUAUGGCCGAACCCCGCCGUAGGAUGCGUGAUUGUGUCGGAUGGCCGGAUUGUCGGGCGCGGCUGGACCCAGCCCGGCGGGCGACCCCAUGCCGAAAGGCGCGCCUUGGAUCAGGCCGGGGCUGCCGCACGGGGCGCAACGGCCUAUGUCACGUUGGAGCCCUGCGCCCAUUAUGGAAAAACGCCACCCUGUUCGCAGGCUCUGAUCGAAAACGGCAUCGCGCGUGUUGUUUCCGCACAUGAGGACCCUGAUCCGCGCGUGGCCGGACGUUGGAGACACGCCAUGUUGCGCAAUGCAGGCAUCGCUGUGGACACCGGAGUACUGGAGGCCGAGGCCCGCGCCCAGCAAUCCGGUUUCCUGUCACGGCUGGAACGCGGACGCCCGUGGGUUGCACUGAAACUUGCCACCAGCUUUGAUGGCCGCAUCGCCUUGGCAAACGGGCAAAGCCAGUGGAUUACAUCGGCACCUGCGCGGGCGGCGGUUCAUGCCCUACGCGCGCAAUAUGACGCCGUUCUGGUGGGCGGCGGUACGGCGCGGGCGGAUGAUCCGUUGCUGACCGUGCGCACGUUUACGCCGUUACGCCAACCCGUGCGGGUUAUCGCGUCAACGCGCCUGAACCUGCCACGGGCCAAGCUGGCAGCAUCGGUGGACACGGCACCGCUGUGGCUGGCCCACGGCCCCCACGCAUCGGAAGAGGCGCGGACAUGGUGGCAAAAUGCCGGUGCGGAUCUUUUGCCCGUUCCCACCACCGCAUCCGGUCUGGACCCCGUGGCAUUGAUGGGCACAUUGGCGGGAAACGGCCUGACGCGGGUGUUUUGCGAAGGCGGCGGACUUUUUGCGGCGUCCCUAUUGCAGGCGGGAUUGGUGGAUGAGCUGAUCGGGUUCACAGCGGGGAUUGUUCUGGGCGGCGAUGCGCGCGCUGCACUAGGCCCCAUCGGGUUGAGCCAGUUGGACAAUGCCCCCCGGUUCCGGCUGCAAGAAACGCAGGUGAUCGGCACGGACAUCCUGCACCGCUGGCGGAUCGGUUAA